UUUUUUUUCUUCUUCUUUUUUAUACACAUAUACGAUAAAUAAACUAUGGUUAUCCAAUCUGUUGCUAAGCAAAACUUUUCACAGUUAGCAGAGGAUGCUUUAAACCAACAAAUACAAAUGUAUCAAUUAUCUCAACACACCUAUUUAGCUGCCUCUGCUUAUUUCGAUCAAGCAGACAUUUCUUUACCAGGUUUUGCUAAAUUCUUUCAUGAACGAGCUGAGCACGAGGGACGAAAGGCACGAAAACUGAUUGAUUAUCAAAUGACACGUGGUGGUCUUUGUAUGAUUCAAACCAUACCCCAGCCUAUAUAUGAAUGGAAAUCAGCUAUGAAUGCUAUCGAAUCCUGCUUAGCACUUGAAAAAGAUUUGAAUAACUCUUUGCUGAGGUUAACUGCUUUAGCUAUUAAACAAACAGAUGAUGCGCAUUUACGUAACUUUUUAAAGAGAGAACAUUUAAAAUACAAGGUUGAAACGAUUGACCAUUUCGUCAAGGGCUAUACUCAGCUUAAACGAGUUGGAGGAGAAGGUCUUGGAUUACAUUUAUUAGACCAAAGCUUGUAUCAAUACGAGAAAUUUACAGUUUAAUAAAUAAAAAUAACUAAAUGAGAGCAUAUUUGUGUGUUUUUUUUAAAUGUAUAUAAACGACGCCAUUAUCAUUA